CCUUAACUGUCAUUUAGCACAUUAAAAUUUUCACAAAAUUUCUCUAACUUUUGGUUUCAAAAUUUAAUUAAAAUUCAAUUUCGGCAAAAAUAUGCUCUCCAAUGAGGAUGCGAAUGUAGCCCACUCUUUGGUUAUCUUUGGAGCCUCGGGAAAUCUGGCCAAGCGAAAGGUUUUCCCACUUUUGUGGAGUCUUUACCGAGAUGAUCAAUUGCCCAAACGUUUAAGGAUAUUCACCUAUUGCCGCACACCUGUGCGGGCCAAGACCUAUCGCCGACGGGUGUUGCCUUAUGUGAACCUAGAUCGCAGCAAGGACCUCGAGAAGUUUGAUCUCUUUUGGUCCAGAGUAUAUUGCGUGCAGGGGAAAUAUAACAAACCCGAGCAUUUUGCAGCUCUGGCAAAGGUAAUGCGUGUACAGGAGAGAAAACACACUCAUUUGCUUCAUCCGAGAGCAAAUCGUAUUUUUUAUUUGGCUCUGCCACCAUUAUGUUUCGAUCAGGUGACCCUUAAUGCUAGUAAUCAGUGCAGUUCCCCAAAUGGUUGGACCAGAAUCAUAGUGGAAAAACCCUUUGCCAGUGAUGAUUUUUCCUAUGAUUUUUUUGGCAAAGCUCUGUAUAAUAGCUUCCGGGAGUCACAGAUUUACUUUAUUGAUCAUCAAUUGAGUCGUCGAGUUUUCCAAAAUUAUCAUCUCCUUCGAUUUGCAAAUCAUUUCUGGGGAAGCACCAUGAAUAAUCAACAUGUGGCUGCUGUGAUGAUUUCCGUGAAGAGCAAAUUACCUGUGCCAGAAUGGCGAUCAAAUUAUUUUGAGGAAUUUGGUAUCAUUCGGGAUUUAAUGGGUAAUCACAUGAUGCAAAUGCUGGCCUUGGUGGCCAUGGAUCAACCAUUUGACAGCACCGCCGAGGAAGUGCGUGAGGAGCGUUUGAAGACCUUGAGGCAGGUGAUAGCACCGAAUAUGCGCAAUGUGGUUAUAGGUCAAUAUCGGAGUAAUGAAGAGAAUGAAGAUCCUGGCAGAUGUGGCUAUAAGGAGCAUAGCUAUAUAGCUAAUGAUUCCACACAGGCCACCUUUGCUUCGGUUGUCCUUCACAUAGAUAGUCCUCGCUGGAAGGGUGUUCCCUUUAUCCUGCGUGCUGGAAUGGCUCUCAAUGAUACCAAAUCGGAGGUACGAAUUCAAUAUAAACCCGUGCCCUGUCAUCCCUAUCACAUGGGUAAAGGUCAGAUACGGAAUGAGAUGGUUUUACGUACUCAACCCACCGAAGAGAUCUUUAUGCGAUUGCGUCUCAAGGGGAACAGUUUGAAUCUAUGUCCUGGUGAGGCUGAGAUUAAUCUUAGUUUGGAUAAAUUUGAGGGUGAAGUACCGCCAAUGAAGUUCUAUAAGGAUGCUAUUUUGGAUGUCUUUAAAGGCGAUCAAACCUACUUUUUGCAAUCCGAUGAACAGUGUCAGAUCUGGCGUAUAUUAUCUCCGAUCCUGACAACCAUCGAUGCCUCAAAUGCUCAUCCUUUGUACUAUGAAUUUGGUUCUCGGGGUCCCAUGCAUGCCUAUCGCCAUGCUGAACGUGCUGGUUUUGUCUUCUUUGCCACCGAUGAGUGGCAUCAGAGUGAGGAAGGACUAGAGUAUACCCUGGAAUUGAGUAGAUUGGGCAAGGAAAUGCCAGAAAUGGAAGGUGUUAAGCCCGAGCGGGCCAAGAAGCCUUGGAAGUGUGUCAGCUUAAAUCUAAUUGAAAAUCAAACUUUUGGCAGUUUUCUAUAACAAAAAAGAAGAAGUAUAAAAUGUGUGAUUAAUA